AUGGCUGAUUUCUGCAGCAGGCUCUGGGUGCUCCAGCUGAACCUCUGGAUGAUGGCUCUGGUCACAGGUGGGAUCUCAGCAGCCAACAGCACCUGGAACAGCACAGACAGUGAGUGCAUCACAGUGAAGCAGUACCCGCGCUAUGUGGGGGCCAAGAAGAACACUCCCAUCCAGUUCAUCUGCUACUUCGAGGACCCCCACAGCAUCCAGUGGUACAAACUGGUGGAGGGCAGCGAUGAAUUCUACGAGCUGGGUAACAGCAGCUCCCGCUACAGCGUCCAGACCACAAACAAAUUCACCAGCUUCACCAUCUCCAGCAUCACCUACGAGGACAAUGGCAUCUACGUGUGUGACAGGAAGAACCUCACGGCGGAGCAGCAGCGGCCGCACGACUGCGGGACACAGCUCAAAGUCCUGAGUCACAGUAACAUCCAGCAGGUGCAGAACAGGAACACCCUGAAAGAUGCCAUCAUCAUCAUCCAGUCCAUCCUGCUUGUCAUCUUCAUCAGCGUCCCCAUACUCCUCUUCCUCAAUAAAGGUGAAGGCAAGGAAAGUCUGGAGGAGGACCACACCUAUGAGGGUCUGGAAGUGGAGCAGAUGGCCACUUACGAGGACAUCACUCCUUUCCGGGACGUGAAGGCCAAAUGGACAGUUGGGGAGCACCCAGGAGAAGAAUGA